AUGACUAAAAUGCUAUCGGCCCAGGAGGCUGCCAAGAUCUAUCACACAAAUUACGUGAGAAACGCGAGGGCCGUCGGUGUGCUGUGGACUAUCUUCACCAUCUGCUUCGCCAUCAUCUGUGUGGUGGUCUUCAUUCAGCCGUACUGGAUUGGAGACAGUGUGGACACCCCUCAGUCGGGCUACUUCGGGCUCUUUCACUACUGCAUUGGGAACCCCAUCACAGGAGAGCUGGUGUGUAAGGGCAGUGCUUUGGACUUUGGAUCCAUCCCUUCGGGUGCCUUCAAAACCGCUAUGUUCUUCGUUGGGAUCUCUUUGCUGCUGAUCGUAGGGACUAUUGUCUGCUUUAGUUUGUUCUUCUUCUGCAACUCAGGCAGCGUUUACAAGAUCUGCGCAUGGAUGCAGCUGGCAGCUGCGACUUGUAUGGUCAUAGGCUGCAUGAUCUAUCCGGAUGGAUGGGACUCAGAGGAGGUGAAGCGGAUGUGUGGUCAGCGGACGGAUAAAUACACGCUGGGUAACUGCACGGUGCGCUGGGCCUACAUCCUGGCCAUCAUCAGCAUCAUGGACUCCCUCAUAUUAUCCUUCCUGGCCUUCGUCCUGGGCAACCGGCAAGACAAACUGCUGCCAGAAGACUUUCAGGUGGAGGGGAAAAAAGGUAUAGACCAAAAUACAUUACGAAAUAAAUAA